AUAGAGAGAGAGAGUGUGAGUGAGUGAGUAAGACUUUUUGUAUCUGAGCCAUUUUUCUCUGAACUCUGACAGGUAUAGCAGUCAGUCCACAUAAUGCGGGCCCAGGAUGGUCUAGAUCUAGAAGGUUAAUUACUGAGACCCACCUGCUGAACCUUACCCAUGUUCUUCUGCUCCAGGGGACCUGUCCUCCUGCGCUCCCCGGGAAACAUGCUCCUCUUCUGGAUGUCUUGUGGAUCACUUCUCCCUCUCCUGGUCCUUUGCAAUAACGGACAAGAAUGCUGCACCAUCCAGGAGAACACACAAUAUCAUGUGUCCCCUGUGCUUGAGUCCCUGCGGUGCUACAAUGACUACAGCUCCUACGUCCGCUGUAGCUGGGAGGAGAGUCCACACCCGUCCUCACAGCCAUUAGCCCUAUACUACUGGGACAGCCCUGAGAACCGUGAGUCCUUGUGUAAACCCUAUGGUCAGCGAGCACGGAAUCCCAACAACAUCAAGCUCACUGCCCAGUGUCAGUACAACACUAAAUACUUUGGCAUCAAUACCAACCAUGUCUUCUUCUUCAAUACCUCCUGUCCCCCUGCCCUGCUUCUGUCUAAGAAUGUGAGAGUGCGUCCACCAGUCCGCCUAUCACAGAAGCUUGUAGAGAGAGGGGGCUGUUUGCUCCGCUGGGAAAGCCCCUACCCGCCAUCAUCCCUCUUGACCCCCACUCUCAACUACCAGGUCAACUACAGGAGGUCAAACCAAGAUGACUGGACAGCAGUGGAGGUUCAGGACACCCAGCUGAGUGUGAAGGCUGAGGCUCAGGUGCCCGGCUUCCAGUAUGAAGCCAAGGUGAGGGCAAGGAUGAAGACGGGACUGUGGAGCGAGUGGAGCCCCCUAGUGACCUGGUUGACUGAGGAGGACCCUGUGCCAGGCCCCUCCAAUGCACAGUGUGUGUUGGAUAAUGAGACUGCGGUGACAUGCAGUUGGGAGGUGAAGAGAGACCUGGCUCAGUUCCUUACCUUCCACCUGUCCUGCAAACACAACCACACUGCACCAGCCCAGAAAUGCUGUGAUAACACCAUGGUCGGCAUUACAUCCAGGGGUCCAGUGCUAGAAUACAGCUGCUCCUUCCAUGUCCAAGACUUAGAGCAGCUAGAGGUGGAGCUUGUACCCACACGCAACAGCAAAAAGUUUAAAACACACAAAAACAUUCGUCCAAACCGUCCACUCAAAGUGCAGAUAGAAGAGAGAGAUGGGAACUGGAUUCUAAAAUGGAAUCCGCCUCAUUUUUAUCUGACCGAUCAUGUGCACUAUCAGGUGCAAUACUGGAGUAAUGAGACUCAGGAGGAUACUACGUUCCUCAAUGUCUCCCAGGGGUCCCGCUCGCUCUCCAUCCUGGGGGUGUCCCUGCGCCCCUCUGAGCGCUACCUGGUUAUGGUGAGAGCCCUGGUGGGACCAGGAAAGAGUGAUACUUUUGACGGAGCCCCUUCAGAAUGGACCGACCCAGUGGAGUGGACCACACAACCAGCUUCCUGGUCCAUCACCACCUUCCUCUACGUCUUCAUCAGUAUACUGGUGGCCAUUGUCUUCAUCGCUCUCUAUGUUACCAUACCAGCCUGUCACAGGAGGGUAGUCCUGUGGGAGGUGUCUGUCCCGUCGCCCCUCAAGAGCAAGGUACUGGGAGAGGUCAUUAAGAAAUCUCCUGAUAGGUUGUUAUUCCAUGAGAGUGAGAGAAGUGAGAAGACCUACAUCUGCAGGGUACAGACACAGGAGAGCAGGGAGGAUAACAGUCUCUGCUCCAGCUGCUCUUCAGAUAGUCCAUUGUGGUUGAACUCAGAUGUAAAAGCAAAUGGACUGUUCCAUUCCAUUACCAAGGAGGGGUGGAAGAAGUAUGACCCAAACUCUUCCUCCCUCCAUUUGCUGUCUGUGGACAGAUCUGGCCCUCCUGCUCUAGACUCAUCCGGCUUCAGCUUCAGUGGCCCUUACAUCUUCUGUGGCGACAGUUCACCGGCGCCGAGUGAGUUUCUGAGUCUGGAGCCUCCCUGUGAGGAGUCCGACAACACUCUCUUUAACUCUGAACCCACUUCUCCGUCCUCCUCGGAGAGGUCUGCCCCAUCCCUCUCGGAGUCGAGUGAGGGCUACGUGGUGAUGCCUGUCUGUGCUGGCCUGUCCAGAUCAACAGAGGGAGUGUCGGAUGGUGUUACGAGCGCUGUAGUAGCGGACGACAGUAAGAACACUGGUAACAACAACGGCAACAACGACAUCAUGGCAUGGCCCAAGUCAGAGCUCCUCCCACCCGGACCUAGCUCUAUGCCCACCUGCUCACCACCCAGUGAGAAUGAAGACCCUCCUCCAGCGUACACACCCCCAACCACCACCCCUCCCACCUUGCCCCCAGUGGGCCCUACCCUACACACCUCUGGGUACUGCUUCCUCCCGGCCCUACAGACACUUGGGGGCUGGGGCCAUGUGCAGUCUUCUGGACCACCUAAAGGGGGCAGUCAAGAGCAGCAGGCCUGUAGGAGGGAGAUGAGUCAGGAGGAGCAGUGCAAGGAGGAUCCAUAUGUCAGACUGUCCCAGCUAGCCACUUAGCUAACUAGCUAACCCCAUCUAAUGCUGGACUACAUGAGGGCCACUAUACGUCACUGUUCUCAAUAUUUGAUCCAUUCUAACACUAACACACCUGUCUCAACUAAUCACAAGAGCUUGACUAUUAGUUGGACUAGUUCAUUCAGGUGUGUUAGUGUUGGAAUGGACCACAUGUGUAAAACUACUGAUUUGUGGUCACUGAAGACUGAGUUGAGGUUGAGAAACACUUCUAUUUCUGUGAGGGAAAACUGUUGGAGCCUCAUAGAGAAGCCUCCCUUGAUUACUCACAAUGCCCAGCAGAUGGCAUCACUGUACUUACUGUGUAUCUGUUGAACUCACAAGAGGUGGCCUAUGGAUUCUACUGUAAGGACUAACUACAAACACAGAAGCAUACUGCAGUAAGCCUCUGGGUGGUAAGGUGACUGAGGGCCAGAUUCCCAGGUUUCCACCACAUCACAUAGAUGGUACAUGUGUAACAGGGUGGCACUGUCGAGUUGGUGAAUUUAUGCCUCUGUCAGUGCCAGUGGCUGUUCCUGUCGUUCCACAGCAGGGGUCGGGCCGCGGGCCGCAAAGUGCUGUGUUACAGAAUGCGAAUGGUGAUGACGGUCUCCUGGUCGAAUGUCAUUCGUCACAAGCUUUGUAAACAACUGGUGUAGACUUACAGUGAAAUGUUUAAUUAUGGGCCCUUCCCAACAAUGCAGAGAGAAAAAUAUAGAGAAAAAGAAUAACACAAGGAAAACAUCCACAAUGGUUAUAUACACGGGGUACCAGUACUGAGUAGAUGUGUAGGGAUACAAGGUAAUUGAGGUUGAGUUGUUGAAUGCAGCCUUGUGCCUCUGUCGGCGCCAGGUGUGUGAGAUUGUUGAUUGUAAUUAAGGGUGUGGCCUUCAGUAUUUUACCUGGCUGUUCUUGUUGGUUCUACAGAUAUGCAUUACCAUGAGAAUGACAAAUUCUGAAGCAUAUCCGGGGAUCUUGUGUUCAUGGCAAGAGUACCCGUAUGCCAAUUUGACCCGCUCUCCUUCACCCAUGGCAUGCCCUCCUGAGAGUAUUGUGCAACAUGUCCUGUGACCACGAGUAAUUGAUCUGAUCUGUGUUAUGCCAUAGCUCAGGCAUAUAUCGAAUGUAAUUGUGGAUUUGUAUGUCAACUAAAAAAUGUUUUAUGUCCUGUGAUAAGGAAUCAGUAUGAGCUAGAGCUUCCAAGGAACAUGUAUGCCUGGAGAUGAAAAUAUUGUUUUGUUUGCUGUAAAAUAAAGUAAUGUUGUUUGCUACA